CAAAAGUGUCUCAUUGACAUGAUUAUAGCCAAUCUAUAAAAUUUUUGUACGUAAAUUAAAAAAUGUCUGUUUGUGAAUUCCAUCGCCAAUAUGAAUCCCUGGGGGUAGUCUCCAAGGAGGAUGAAGAAAAAGAACCACAAAAGGUCAUCAUACAGGACGAGAUAUCGUGGGGAAUGUCCUACAGGCACUUCAAGCAAAGAGAACGAGAUGUUCCCAUACCGCCAAAGCAGUCCCCAAUAGAUAUUCCAUUCAAACUAUGUAGAGAGGAGCAACGACAGAUGCUCAAACGGAAGAAAAAGAAGAAGAAGAGUCCGAAAUCAAAAGAUCCUAAAGAAAAAUUGAAGAAACUAACGCUACUUGAGAAAAGUGUGCUGUCACAAAGUAAAUACUGCGAUUACCUGUCGAUUCCCCAAGUGCGACAUGUGGAGCCUCCACCAAAACCUCGAAAAAUUCGAUGCGAGUUGGAGCCUUGUCCUCCAAGAUUUGUGCAAUUGGCUGUUCCGAACAAGAGGAGGGUGUUUGCAAAUUGGAAAGACUACUACAACAGGUUGCCUGCUGAGAUGGUUUUGAGAUACGAGAAGAUUUUGCAUACUGACAAGAAUCUGGAUCCCAGAGACGCCAGGUAUUACUACAAGAAGUUAGACAAAGAUAAGAAAAAGAGGCGGAGACAAAAGCGCAGGAGAUUGAGGAAGCUGAAGAAAGAAAAAGAAAAAGGUGACACUCAGUGGUUGAGAGACCAAAUAGCGCUGACUACAGACGUGAUCAUGGAGUUUAUGGAAGAACAGCCUCUGUUUUCUUUGAACUACAAGCAAAUGCAGAUUUCUGACGGCAUACUUGAGCAUAUGCAUCGGUGCGAGAUCAUGAAGAAGCCCAGCAGAAAUAGCAAAAGUCACUAUAACAAGACAAUUGUUGAAGUUAGUGACAAACUGGCAGUUUGGGUUGAUACCCUGAUCAAAUUCGUUGAUAUCCAAGCAGUUGAGAGUGAUAAAGACAUACCUCCAGUAUCAAUGGCAUCCGUUGGAGACGGAGAAGAGAGUGAAGAAGAAAGCAGCGAAGGUUUUAGCAGUGAAGGAGAUGAAGGAAAAGAGCGAGACGAGGGACUCGGAGUUAUUUAUGGAAAAUGGGGUUACGGGGACGAAGAGGACGAAUUCGGUGAGAAGUCUCCUUCUGAAAUGGAGGAUCUAGUGACAGAAGUGCUUGGAGGCGAAAAUGCAGGUGAUAUUGAUGGAUUCCUGGAAGGUCUAGACGACGACUUACUCUCCAAACUGAUCAGAAUCCUUGAGAAUUGCUCCGACGAAUUCUUAGACAGUCUAGUGAACGAUGAGAAGCUACCUGGCGUGAAAUACAAGGACAUCUUAAAAAAGAUCAAGAUAUUGAAGGAAGGCGAACCGCCGGGUAUAGAAAAGAAACCUUAUCUGGAAGAAGUUCUUAUUGAAUGGGCCCUUCAGAACAAUCCUGAUCAAGUGGAUGAUAAUAUGUUGAAAACCAUACAUGAUACAGCCGCUCUGCUCAACGAUUUGCUCUUUGCUGGGGCGUUGCCGAAGUUUGAUCAUUCUGAUGAGGACUGGUCUAAAGUCGCAGGCAUUUGGGGAGAAGAAGGAAUGGGAGGCAUCAGCGACAUAGAAGGAGACAUGAGCGGAACUGAGGAUCUAGCUGGAACAGGGGGAAUAGAAGAAGAAGAAGAAGGGAAAAUGGGAAUGGAAGGAGAGAUAGGAGAAGAAAGGGAACUUGAAGGGAUAGAAGAAAUAGGAGGAGAAGCAGAAAUAGGAGCGGAGGGAGGGAUAGGAGGAGAAGUAGGAAUAGAAGAAGAAGAAGUUGGGUUUGGAUUUGGAGAAGUUGACGAUGGUACAGGAGGAAGAGUUGAUGGUGAAGGGGGUACAGACAUGCCCGGAAUAGAUGAUGGAGGAAUAGAUGGCGAAAUCCCGGCUGAAGAUGUACCAGGAGUUGAUGCUGGUGGUCCAGGUGAAAGCGAAUUUGGUCCCGAGGGAUUCGGUGGCGCAGGCUUCGGCGAUCUGCAGACCGAGCAAGAAGAGGCGGCCAUCAUAGAACCAGAACAGACUAUCGACGAUAUCAUAGAAGACAUGAAGAAAGAGGAAAUGCUGACUGCGGAAGGAGAGGAAAUGCUGGGAGGGUUUGGAGAGGAAGAAGAAGAAACUGCCCCACUCCCUAUCGAUGUAAUUUACCCAGGUGGAGAGCUAACUGCAGAAGAGGCAGGUGUCAUUAUCAAAGGUCACAAGCCGUCGGUUGUCCUGGAGCAUACGCCAGGUACAGUUUGUUGCUUGUCCUUGAAGAUUUGGGCGGUGUGGUUGCUUGAGAUCACCCACAAUGCCCACACUUGGACCAAAUGGGUGCACGAGAUCGUCAAGAAAGUUCGAGAAUUUGUUGCCACGAUUAGAGGCGAUGUGAUACUUCGUAAUGGGCAGAAGAAGGUGUUGUACAAACAUGAAUGGAGAAAGUUUGCUAAGGAAACGGAGCAAAAUAUUAUCGCGUGGAGACAGUACAGCGCCCAUGUCACAGAUCUGUCCAGUAGCAUUGUAGAGAACUUCCAUGGAAAGAAAGUUAACUGCUGUCCCAAGUGUCUUCAGGACCAUCUUAUCAAGAACGUGGUGACAGCCCAUGAAACACUACAGGCUUUGACAGAAGCAAUGAACUGUGCCAGCUACUGGCAACGGGUUCUCGACGGGCUGGUUGAUCAAGCUUCGGUACUCACAAAUAUCGAACAGAGCAAAACGGAAGAGAGUGAGAGUGAAUCAGGAGAAGAAAAAGAUCUAGAAGAAGUGCUACUCAGCGAGAGCAGUGAUGACGAGUCCAUCUACGAAAUCGAAGAAAUAGAAAUGGAUGUACAACCUGGUUCUAGUGGUACUCAUCCUCCGAGACAAGGUGGUACCGAUCCCGGAGCACCUGAACCUUCAGGCCAUGCCAGAUGUACUAGAAGAGAUAAGAUAACUAAAAAGUUCAAGUGAUCUAUUUUGUACGACAGUGAUCCAGUCAAUAAUAAAGUAUUUUGUUUAUCGGUUUUUACAAACAUAUAGGAG